CGCCAGCCUCGACUGGGCUAGUUAAUGUGUUUGCUCACAUUACCCAGUUUAGCUGUAUAGCUAACUCAGGACAACUCCCAUUUUUUUUUACGGAGGAAUGAACCAUAAGAGUAAGAAGAGGAUUAAAGAGGCGAAACGGAACGCCAGGCCCGAACUCAAGGACUCGUUAGACUGGACCAAACAUGAUUAUCACGAAACUUUCGAUCUGUCUCACCGGACAGUGAAGGAUAAUGUGGAGCGAGUGGACACCCUUCGCCUCAGCCCGGAGGAGUUCAUCCAGCGCUUUGAGCGGCCCUACAAGCCUGUGGUGCUGCUUAACUGCCAGGACACCUGGCCGGCCCGUGAGAAAUGGUCCCUGGAGCGUCUCAAACGGAAGUACCGCAACCAGAAGUUCAAGUGCGGCGAGGACAACGAGGGCUACUCUGUGAAGAUGAAGAUGAAGUAUUACGUGGAGUACCUGGAGGGCACGCGUGACGACAGCCCGCUCUACAUCUUCGACAGCAGCUACGGGGACCACGCCAAGAGAGGCAAGCUCCUGGACGACUACCAGGUUCCCCUGUUCUUCAGAGACGACCUGUUCCAGUUCGCCGGGGAGAAACGCAGGCCUCCCUACAGGUGGUUCGUGAUGGGGCCCGCCCGCUCAGGGACCGGGAUCCACAUUGACCCGCUGGGCACGAGCGCCUGGAACGCCCUGGUUCAGGGCCACAAGCGCUGGUGCCUGUUCCCCACACACACACCCCGUGAGCUCAUCAAGGUGACGCGGGACGAUGGAGGGAACCAGCAGGACGAGGCCAUCACCUGGUUCACUGUGGUGUACCCCCGCACGCAGCAGUCCACCUGGCCCGCAGAGUUUAGACCCCUGGAGAUCCUGCAGGGCCCUGGGGAGACGGUCUUUGUACCCGGAGGCUGGUGGCACGUGGUUCUAAACCUGGACACCACCAUCGCCGUCACGCAGAACUUUGCCAGCGCCACCAACUUCCCCAUCGUGUGGCACAAGACCGUGCGAGGCAGGCCCAAACUGUCCCGCAAGUGGUACCGGAUCCUGAAGACAGAGCGACCAGACAUGGCUGCCCUGGCUGAUAAAGUGGACCUGCAGGAGUCCACAGGCAUCGCCUCCGACAGCUCCAGCGACUCUUCAUCUUCCUCCUCCUCAUCCUCCUCCGAAUCAGACUCUGAUGCUGGCUCCGGCUCUGAGGGAGACGUCAUGUCCCACAGGAGGAAGAAGAGGCGGACAUGUGGUGCUGUGACUAACGGAGACCCCACCACUCAGGACGACUGUGUCAGCAAGGAGCGCAGCUCCUCCCGGUGACCACGCCCCCGCAGAGCCACGCAGACACGCCCCCUCCAGAGCCACGCCCCAUGCAGACACACCCCCUCCAGAGCCACGCCCCCAACAGACAUGCCCUCCCCAGAGCCACGCCCUCUCCAGAGCCACGCCCCCCACAGACACGCCCUCUCCGGAACCAUGCCCAUAUUGGCCCCGUCUCCUGUCAGUCAUGCCCCGGCAUGCCCUCAGCACCAGGAGUAGCCUGCAUCCUUAGUAGGCCCUUGUUUCAAUCCCUUAACACGCAUCCUUCCCUUCCUCCUCUAACCUCUGAGGAGAAAUAAACUGACCUGAAACUGUCGUUUGGCCACAGCCUGUUCAGAGGUGAGCGGGCUUGUCCUUUCUGGAUCACUCUAGACAUCAGAACAAUGACAUCAUACUGAAACAAUAUCAUUUCUUAUCCUGUAAGACAACCUUCUGUCACUUUGCCCUGCCAACGAUUUUACCUGAAAAAGAUUUUAGUUUGAUCACUGCUUCUCUGAAAACCAGGAAGCUCAGCUGUGUGAGGAACAGACCAUCUGAAAUCUAAAUUGUGGGGGUGUGCAGGAUUUAUAUCUCCCAAUAGAUGACACCCAAAGUAACAGUUCCCAAAUCAAACGUCCCCAAAGGUAAUCUUGGGUGGUUUUACUUCCCAAUUUUAAACAGUAGGGGGCGCCAGUGCCUGUACGUCCUACACACGUCACCACACUCUCCAUAGCCUCCCCCACCGGCCUCCCUCUGGGCGGCCCACAAUCUGCUGCAGUGCGAAGUCCAGGACUAAGAACCUGCUUUGUGGUGGUGGUGGUUUAGUGUGAACAUGGAGGCUAUGCACAGAGCUCUAGGUUUAGUUGCGUAGUAGUCAUGCUAGAACACUCAGAUUAUCGCCUUGCAGUUCACGACUAAAGCCCUCCUUUUUAUAUAAUUUUUUUUAAAUAUUUUUAUUUGUGUCUAAGAAAUCGGAAAACAGGCGGUCAUACCAAGCUCUCGGUUGAAACAGGCUUCUGGGCUCUGUCUUGAACUGAUGUGUACCUGAGUUCACCUGCAGAGAGUGUGUGUGUGUUUGUGUGUGUGUGUAUACAGUGCUGCUGUCUGAAGAACAUUCUUAGAGCUAAAAAACAGCCAGCUAAAAAAUCAAAGUGUUCUGUUCUGCGCGGGUGGGGAAGCCAUGUUGUGAAUACUGGUUUAGUGCUUUAAAAUGGUGUGUGUCAUCCAGCCAGAUGCGUCAUUUCAGAAUCCGUGGUUGUUUUGCUGUAUGCGUAUCAGUGCUGUACGUGUAACCAACUUGUCGCUUAGACUAAAGUGCCUGUAAGCUCUACGUUGCUGUCAUUGAUCUGAGAGCAAGAGAUUUAAAGAGUCUGGGGUGUGUGUGUUGCCUUGUGUUCCAAUCCCAUUCCACCUGCCUUUUCCCUACUACAUGGUGUUUACAGUUGCCAACAUCAAAUUUAGACUCACAGGGUUGGUGUAAGCAUGCACAUCUGGAACAAUGAACUUCAUUGGUUCAGGACGUUCUGGAACAAUCAGGAUGUUCUGGAAUCCUCUGGGAGUCGAGUGUUGGCCAGGUUCAGACCUCUACAAGUGUGACACUGCAGCUUUCAGUCUGUUGGUCUGGGCUUGGAGAUCGAGGCAGGCGUCUGUGUCUGUGUGUGUGUGUGUGUGUGUGUUCACCUCUUGUAAAGCAUUUAGCACUAUGGUGGCCCCAGCUGGGUUAGGGUGCCUUGCUUUCUCCCUCUAGAGCUGUGGGGAGCCAGGACUCUACACUGACAUCCUCUACUCUACACUCAUCCUCCUCUCAGUUCAGCUCUCUUUUUUUAAAUACUCCUACCCCUGCUCUCCUGUCUCCCUGCUCUCCUCUCCUGUCUCCCUGCUCUCCUCUCCUGUCUCCCUGCUCUCCUGCUCUCCUCUCCUGUCUCCCUGCUCUCCUCUCCUGUCUCCCUGCUCUCCUCUCCUGUCUCCCUGCUCUCCUCUCCUGCUCUCCUCUCCUCUCCUGCUCUCCUCUCCUGUCUCCCUGCUCUCCUCUCCUGUCUCCCUGCUCUCCUCUCCUGUCUCCCUGCUCUCCUGUCUCCCUGCUCUCCUGUCUCCCUGCUCUCCUCUCCUGUCUCCCUGCUCUCCUCUCCUGUCUCCCUGCUCUCCUCUCCUGUCUCCCUGCUCUCCUCUGCUUCUCUGAGUAGUGAAGUGAGAGGAAGGCCUUCUUAGGGUGUGAGGUGGACAGCCUUGAUGUUACCCAGAUCAAAGUGAAUAAAUUAAUAUUGUUAAUGAAUCAAUAAAAUCUUUUUUUUCUAUGUA